AUGACGAAGAUUGAUGUUGAAUUGACUAUUCUUGAAGCAAAGAAUUUAGCAGUUUCAGACCUAAAGAGAAGUGAUCCAUACAUUAUCUUUAUUGCUAAUAAAGAAAAGUAUAAAACAAAAGUGAUUGAAAAUGUACUUGAUCCAGUAUGGAAUGAAUCAUUUCAAACAAAAGUAGAAGUUGGUGAGAAAUUAAUGUUACAAAUAAUGGACAAAGAUGUAGGUAAAAAAGAUAAUGAAAAUGGAGUAUGUUAUUGGCAAGUACCAUCUAUGUAUACUGGACAAAUGAUUUAUGAUAUUUUAGAAAUUGAUAAAAAAGGAUUUCUUUAUAUUAAAGCAGUUUGUAACAACUCCCCAUUACAAAAACAGUUAAUACCAUUUGACUAUGAGAAAAUAACAUUACUUGAAGUUUGUAUAAUAUCUGUUAAUGGGUUUUAUAAUUCAUUAAUAUCAAACACAGGUAUAAAAGAUAUUACAAAACCAAAAGUAUUAAAACAUUUAAAGUAUACAAUGGAAUUAAAAACAUCAAAAACUAAAUGUCAAAGACUUAUAAAGAAAAAGACUGUGGAAGGUCAACAGUAUGGCAAUUAUGUAUUUUUUGAUCAAAGAAUAUUUUUAAAAGGAACAGUUAACGAUGAGAUAAAAAUCUCAUUUUUAACAAAGGAAAAACACCAAAAGAAAUUUAAAGUGAUAACCAAUUCCUCAUUUAUUAUUCCGGAUUUUUUACCAAAUGAAAUAAUGACACUUCCAAUUCCUUUAAGUGAAUCAGGCUCUUUACAACUAAGAAUCACAUGCCUUGAAAGUGUAUACACAAACGUUUAUCCAACAGUUAUCCCAACAGCUGAUAUGGUAAUAGAAAAGAAAGGAAAUGUUGUUAUGAAAUUAACAAAGUCAAAUGGAUUUGGUGAUUUUUUAGCACCAUAUGCAACUGUUCAAUUUGGUCCUUUAUUAAUUACAACAUCACCAAUUCAACACUCUGGAGAACCAGUGAUAUUUAAUGAAAGUUUCUUGGCAUUAGUUGAAACAGGAACAAAAGCGAUUGUAAGAAUGUAUAAUAAAGAUAUGAAAAAUCCAAAUAAAGAAGGAAAAAAGUUAUGUGAAGGUAAAUUUGAAGUACCAGAAAUAAAGAACAAACCUGUUAAAGUGGUUGUACGAUUUAAUAGUAUUUCUCAAUUAGAAAUUGAGUUUUUCUUAAUAAGAACAACAUCAAGUGUAUUUGAUGAAUUAGAAAAAACUAAUAGAAUUGAAAAAAGAAAUCAGAAAAUAGAAAGUAUUUUUAAUAGAUUUGAUGAAGACAAAGAUGGGUAUUUAAAAGUGAGAGAAUUUAGAACUGCUAUUCAAUUUGUUAACUCAACAUUAACAAGAAAUCUUUCUGUAUUUUUAUUUCCAUGUUUUGCUAUUAAUAACAAAAUUAAUUUAACUACAUUUAAAGAAGUAACUGAAGUUCUUACAUCAUUUAAUAAUUCACAUGACGCAAUAACAAAAUACAUUUAUGAUUUUAUUGACCAAAAUAAAAUUGGAUCAAUUACAUUGAGUCAAUUUAUCAAUUUUGCUCACCAAACCCAAAUAGCUGAUAAUGAUAAGGAAUUAACAAAUUUGUUUAAUUCUUUUGACUACGAUAAGUCAAACAGUUUAUCAUAUAAAGAAUUUUAUCGAAUGAUACAAUGUGUUAUAAUUGAUUAA